GGGGGGCGACAUUAUUAUUACAUCCCCCUUGCCCGGUCUGCCCGAUCUGCCCGCCUCCACUCAAACUCAACACGACGCCGUACCCCAUUCAUUUCUCUCUCUCUCUCUCUGUACCUUCCCCCUCUCUAUACCCCGCUGCUUUCUCUCUCUAAAAUCUCCGUUCUUCUCUCUCCAUCUCUCUGUCGAAAAAGUGCCGCAGGUUUUAUACUCGAAUUGGAUUUGUUCGAGAUUUGAAGAGGUUGCUAAAUAAGGGUUUAUCUGGAAUUGGAGCGAUCUGCUUUUCGGUGGUUGAAUUGGGGAUUUGAAGGGUUUCUUUUCUGGGGCGAAUUAACGAUUUGGGUUUCUCGAGAUUGUGAAGAUUGGGGGAAAUGAUAUGAACGUGUGGAACAGGAGUUGGGGUUUUGAUGGAUGGUGUUAAUCUGAUGAAGAAUUACAAUCGAAGGGUUUGAAGCUUGAAAUUGGGGAAUCGGAUGGUAUAAGAAUUUGGGAAAAUGCAAGAUACCGUAUCUUAUUAUGCAUGGGAGGGUUCAGCGGGACGGCGAGAGCUCUAGGAGUUUAAGGAGGAGUAGUAGUCAGCACAUGCGGUCAGUCCCUCCGUUGGCGACUGCCGAUAACGCUGUAGCUUCCGCCGGUGAUAAUCAUUCUCCUAUUGCUUCUUCUAUCACAACUUCCACAACUGGUAAUUCGUUCUUCAAGGAUGGUCGUAAGAUUAGUGUUGGUGAUUGUGCUCUUUUCAAACCACUUAACAAUUCUCCACCUUUCAUUGGUUUGAUUCGUUGGUUGGCAUUGGACAAAGAGAAUAACCUGCAGCUAGGGGUAAACUGGCUUUAUCGAUCAUCUGAGCUGAAGCUUGGGAAAGGGCCUUUACCGGAUAGUGUUCCAAACGAGAUAUUCUAUUCCUUUCACAAGGACGAAAUUCCUGCUGCAUCACUUCUCCAUCCUUGUAAAGUUGCUUUUCUUCCUAGAGGUGCAGAACUUCCUACUGGGACAUCCUGUUUUGUUUGUCGACGUGCCUAUGACAUUGGGAAGAAGUGUUUAUGGUGGCUAACAGACCAAGACUAUAUUAAUGAGCAACAAGAAGAAGUAGAUCAGCUUUUACACCAAACUAGAAAAGAGAUGCAUGUGACAUUACACCCUAGUGGUCGUUCUCCAAAGCAGGCUACAACUCCAACUUCAACCUCACAACUAAAACCAGCUUCUGAUAGUGGUCAAAAUAGUGGGACUUCUAUACCUUCUCAAAACAAGGGAAAGAAGAGAGAAAGAAUUGAUCAUUGUGCAGAUCCUGUAAAACGUGAACGUUCCUCUAGGACUGAUGAAGGUGAUUCUGGUCAGUGUAAAAAAGAAAGUAAUCUAAGAUAUGAGAUUGCACGAAUAACCGAAAAUGGUGGAGUUGCGGAUGUGGAGGGGGUUGAGAAGCUAGUUCAGUUGAUGCAAUCAGAUCGGAUGGAGAGAAAGAUGGACUUAGUUAACCGUGCCAUGUUCGCAAGUGUGAUGGCUUUCACCGAUAAGGUUGAUUGUCUGAGUCGGUUUGUGGAGUUAAGAGGUGUGCCUGUAAUGGAUGAGUGGCUGCAGGAUAUUCAUAAAGGGAAGAUUGCCAAUGGUAACCUAAAGGAUGGUGAUAAAUCUGUGGAGGAGUUUCUUUUGGUUUUACUUCGUGCACUGGAUAAACUCCCAAUUAGUCUUCAUGCCCUUCAAAUGUGCAACAUUGGAAGAUCUGUGAAUCAUUUAAGAUCACAUAAAAAUACAGAAAUUCAGAGAAAGGCCCGAACUCUAGUUGACACAUGGAAGAAGCGCGUUGAAGCUGAAAUGAUGAGCAUUGAUUUAAAGUCUGGUUCAACCCCAGCUGUAGCUGCAUGGUCUUCCAAAUCACGACUUCCAGAGGCUUCUCAUGGUGGAAGCAUCACGCCUAGUGGUUCUGAUGUUGUCAUGAAAAGCUCUAUUACACAGAGCUCUGCCAUAAAACCUACUUCUGUGAGGUCUUCACAUGGGGAAACUACCGCAAAGUAUGUCUCGUCCCCUGGGCCUGUGAAGCAAGCUUCAUCUCUUGCAUCUGGAAAGGAGAGCCAGUCGAGAACUUCUGUUGGGGGUACUGCUGAUGCCCAUCAAAAUAGAGAGGACAGGAGUAGUAGCUCAAACCAGUCUCAUAAUUGUGGUCGAUCUUCCUCAUCCAAGGAGGAUGUAAAGAGUUCCGCUUCUGGUUCGGGGACUGUUAAUAAAGUAUCAUCUAGCACACGUAAUCGAAAAAUUAGCAGUUCUCCAGGAAGGUCAGCAUCUGGAAGUCAGAAAGAAACAAACUCUAACAAAAAUUCUUCUGCACACAAAAGUACGGCUAUGCAGAAGUUGUCUCACUCUGCAUUAACUAGUGAAAGGGUUGUUGAGGGGCCUAUCAAUGAAGGAAGUAGUCAUAAGCUAAUUGUUAAGAUACCUAACCGGAUAAGAAGCCCCGCACAAGGUGUCAAUGGAGGAUCUCUUGAAGAUCCUACAGUUAUGAGCAGUCGAGCUUCCUCUCCUGUGCUUAAGCACGAGCAACAUGAUGAUCCUUCAAAGGGCAAGAAUGAUUUAUAUCAAUGUAAUGCUGUUGCGAAAAUGAAGGCGUGUCAAAACAAUGAUCCGAAGGACACGUUGACUGGAUCAGAAGGUGCUGGGUCACCAGCAGUUCCUCCCGAUGAAGAGCAAAGCAUGACAACUGAAGACUCCAAGAGAACAAUUGAAGGCCCUCCUGCAACUUUACCUAAGUUGGUCAAGUCGCAUUCUUCUUUCAGCCCCAUGAAUGCUUUAAUUGAGAGCUGUGCUAAAUAUUCUGAAGCAACUUCUUCUUUGUCCCUUGAAGAUGAUGUUGGAAUGAACUUACUUGCUAGUGUGGCUGCUGGUGAGUUAUCCAGAUCUGAUGUGGUUUCUCCUACUAAUUCUACUGAAAGAAGUAAACCAGUUGCCGAUGAAGUCUGCAAUGGUGAUGAAGCAAAAUCUAAGUUUUCUGUUGACGAUUCUGUUGCUUGUGAUGGAAAACAACAUGCUGGUUUAGAAGGUAGCUCCUGGUCGAAUGAUAGGUUACAUGUGUCCAAAACUGCAUCACCAUCUUGUGACAGAAAGUGUUCACCAUCAUAUUCUUCUAUAGAUGUACCAGCUGGAGAAUGCGCAAAAGACUUUCGUUCCUCGAGUAAAGAUUUGAGAAGCAAUGCUGAUCUUAAGUUGGAGGUUGAGGAGAAGCCGAAUAAAAAGACAGUCACUGCACCUAUCUCCUUGGAGAAGGUGAGAGAUAGUGAAUCUGGUCAAGGAAAUCAUGAGGAAAAGGGCACUGCCAGCAAGGCGAUCUCUGAUAAACUUCCAAAAUGCAUAAGUGGUGGAACUUAUGUCAUGGUUACUGAGGAGAAAGUUAGUGUUGGUCAUUUGACUACUAAUGAGUGUAAGCCAACGGUUGAAGAUGAAGGCUCAGAACCUGGUGAUGUAGUAAAAGUCGGAGAACCAGAAGACAUGGAUGCUAAGAGUUGCAUGAGUAAAUCUGAACAGUUGAACUUUGAUGAGGAUGUUGACAUAAAUGCAGUCAGUGAGAGCCAUAGUGCUUCUGUUGUUUGUCCGAUAUCACAUGAUUUGAACAAUAACUUUGAAGAGACCAAUGUAGAAAACCAGGCAACUGUGGAGCAAAUUUCACCCCCUCAGGUAAGGUGUCCUAUUUCUGUGGAUUUUGAAGGCCAGAAAGAAGUUGAGUUAGCUCGGUUUGGAUCUGCUAGCACAAUGCAAGAUGAGGCAGACAAGUUUGCUUCCACUGGUGAUGGGGCUGCUUCUUUUACUGCUGAAGGAGCAACAGUUUCAGGUACAAAAAUGAAGUUUGACUUAAACGAAUUUAGUGCUGAGGAUGGGAAAUGUGGGGAUUCUCUCAAUAAAUCAUCACCUACUUUGUCAACUGUUCAUAUUAACUCGUUGGCAUUCCCAACGAGCUCUACAAUUGAUGGAAACUCGGCAUCUGUUACUGUAGCAGCUGCUGCCAAAGGUCCAUUUGUUCCCCCAGAGAACUUGUUGAAAUGUAAAGUGGAACUUGGCUGGAAGGGAUCUGCCGCUACUAGUGCAUUUCGACCUGCUGAACCCAAAAGAGGUUUUGAAAUGCCGUUGGGUCUAACUAAUUUGUCUUGCUCUGAUUCUUCUACCAGUAAGCAUGACCGUAUUUCACUGGAUUUUGAUCUAAAUGUACCGGAUGAAAGAGUUCUCGAGGAAAUGGCUUCUAGUGGUUCUGCUUUGGCAGUUGGCUCAACAACUGAGUCACCAAGCAAUUGUGCUAAUGAGGCAUCAGAUUCUUUACCUGUUCGUGGUUCUUGCGGUCUGGAUUUUGAUUUGAACAGAGUUGAUGAAACAAAUGAUAUUGGGAUCUGCUCCACCAGCAGCAAACGUGAUGGGAAGUCUUCUGUUAUGCAUGACAAACCAUUAGGUGGUUUUCAUGUUCAGAGGGAUUUUGAUCUCAACAAUGGGCCUGUGGCUGAUGAUGCUGGCGUAGACCAAUUCAUGAGUAAUCAACUAGUCAAUGGUAGUAUAACACCGCAGCUGCCUUCUGCAGGUGUUAGAAUGAACGGUCCAGUGCUGAGCAGUUUCUCAUCUUGGUUUCCUUCAGGUGGUACUUACUCUACAGUAACAGUCCCAUCAAUAUUACCUGAACGAUUGGAGCAGCCCUUUCCAAUGUUUCCGCCUGGUGCACCCCAGCGAAUAUAUGGCUCCGCAGGUGUCAACCCAUUCAAUCCUGAUAUGUACCGCGGAUCAGUGUUGUCAUCAUCGCCUACAGUGCCUUUCGGGACUAAUUCUUUCCAAUUCCCAGUCUUCCCGUUUGGAACUUCUUAUCCUCUCCCUUCAACUCCUUUUUCGGUUGGAGCAACAUCAUAUGCGGAUUCCUCUUCUGGUGCAAGGCUUUUUGCUCCUCCAGUAAAUUCACAAUAUCUGGGUCCCAUUGGCUCUUUUGCAUCCCAAUUCCAAAGGCCAUACAUGGUCAGCCUUCCCGACAUUAGCUAUAAUGGCGGGCUGGAGAGCAACAGAAAGUGGGGUAGACAGGGUCUUGACCUCAAUACAGGUCCUGGGGCCAUAGAAAGUGAUGUCAGGGAUGAAAUAUUGCCUCUAUCAUCUGGUCAACAUUCUGUUGCCAGUUCGCAUGCUCUACAGGAAGAGCAGGCCAGGAUGUUCUCAGAUUCAGGUAGUAUUUUGAAGAGGAAGGAGCCUGAAGGAAGCUGGGAUGAGACCUUCAGAAAUAGGCAGCCCUCGUGGCAGUAGAAUGUAACAUGGAAUAUACCAGUUGCCAAAAUGCUAGUUUCAUGGCUGGCUGUUGUCAUUUAUCUCAACUGUAGAUAUUGUUGCUGCAGAAAGCACUAAUGUCGCAGCCUAGUUAUGGAAGGUUGACAUGCUGACUAGUUUGGUGCGACAUCCUAACUAUUCUCAGGAAGCUGGUCCUGGUUUGGACUGAUAGAAACAGAAUUGGAUUUUGACCCUCCUGAGAAAACGAGCUUUGCUCACUCUGUUAAUUUAUUUGGUUUAUGCUGUUUGCUUGCUCUAGCAGUGACGGGUAUUGUGGAGAUUAUUUUAUGUUGUAGUAUAUUAUUUUGUCGUUUUAAUAUUUUACAGAGUUGUUGGGAACAGUGACCACAUUGAUGGAUUCAUGUCAUUUACAAUUUCGUUUUAGUUC